GAGUCGCUACGGGUGACAUGACAAGGCUUCGAUAUCAACCCACCGGUGUCUAACAUCAAUACCCUGAACGUUGGCCAAAUAGCACAUAUGCAUCCAUGCUAGGCUGCUGUAACGACAAUGAACUGGUAUCAUCGCUGCUUCACUCGGCUCGGCAAGCAAUAUGGUGUAUACAGGGCCUUCCAAGGGCUGUUUGGCGUGCCUAAAGCGACGGGUCAAGUGUGAUGAAGGAAAACCUCAAUGUCAGAGAUGUCAGAAAGCCGGCCGGGAAUGCCCUGGCUAUCGGGAUCCAUCCCGCAUCAAGAUCCGGGAUAUGACAGCAACGACUAUCAACCGCUUCGAAUACGAUAGAGCAGGGCCGAAGGCGAAGGAGGAUGGUCUCUUUGACCAAAAUUAUUCGCAAUCAGUAAUCAGUUUACGAACUCGCAUGAACGAGGAAACUCGGCGGUUCCGGGGUGCUCAGGCCCACGACGACGACGACGACAACGACGAAGAGCAGACCGAUCCCGUGGCAAAGCGCACGGCCUCAAAUCAGCGAAGCGCGAGUCCGAGUGCAGGUUGGAACGACAAUGCGAUGAAUACUUUUGUAUCAAGAUCGGCCUUACGAGUGCCUCCGUGGACACCGCCUGGGCAGCACGCUAUUGCAUACUUGACUAAUUGCUAUCUUAACGUCGAACAUCAAUCCAUGGACCCUGGAUACUUGGACGUCCUGAAAUUGGUUAUGCGUCGCCGGAAUCCAGGGCAAUGCCUACAAUCAACUCUUUCGACACUGGCCCUGGCAGCGUUUUCUAGACGGCCUGUUUCCAGGGCAGCCACACUUGAUACGCAGGCUUCAUAUUCGGUAGCAUUGAAAACAGUCAAUGAUGCAAUUGGAGCCCCAGGUUCAAUUUUCGAUGAUGAACUAUUGGCGUCGAUUGUAAUCCUCGCCUUGGUGGAGUGUCUCAUUUCCACCAAGACCACUGGGUACUUCAACCAUCUAUACGGUGGCAUCACGAUAUUGAAAGCCCGAGGCAAACGGAAAUUCCACGAUGAGCUGGGGGCUGAGCUGUUCAUGCUCCUGCGUUUUGAGCUUAACAUCAAUAAUCAGAUUCGCCGAGCCGCAAGACAAAUACUCAUGCAGCUGGGUGAAGUCAGCGAUGGAGAUAGUCGACAACCCCUGCCUUCAUGAGGCGCAUUCCCUCACUGCACACAGCCGACAAAACCGCUUGAGUUCUGUCAUCCAUUCAUCGAUCAACAAGGCCGCAGGCGACGGGCAGUCAAUACAUCAACCUCGAGCUACAUUACGGGUUCCGCCGGCGUUCGCAACCGACGAA